AUGCCUCAAAGUAUCUGCAUUUCCCCCACUAGAACAAAACCAGAAGCAGCACUUCUUGUAACAGAAGGUUUACCUCUUUCCUCAGCACCAACUACAGAAAGUAUGAUUAAAUCCACUACCCUCCUUGACACAAUCGACACAGCAAAAGAGAGUGCUGAGUUUCCUCCAGUGGAAAUAGGCACCCGAGGCACGGUCGCGUCACUCAUAAUGCAGGAAAUCGACUACUUCAGCCGGAUUGAAUCAAAUUCCCAAGACAGGUCACAAAGGAACAACAAGUCUCAAUUCACAAAUAUAGGUUCCUCUCACAGCACAAAUUCCAGAAGCACAAUUACGGCGGUAGGCCAAACGGAACCUCGGCUUUUGGUUACAGAAACCUGA